CCUGACGAUGCUGCAAAUACAAAUAUGGAAGUAUUAUCAUUACACAUGAGACACAACGACGACUUUCUCGGUUUAUAAUUGUUGUAAUGAGCGACCUGAUGUAAGAGUUGAUGAAGAUUCCUUCAGGAGGCAGAGGGUAGUGGAAGCAAUGGGGCUUCUUCACCUGGGAUGGGCUCAAGCACUCCCACCGUCAUGUUUAAUAAAUGGCACCACCGCUGAUUUGUCAAUCAUCCCGUCCUCGACUCCAAUCCCCCGCCAUCAGUUGAAUUCUGCAUCAUCGUCGGAAGGAAAACCGGACCCUUCGGCCAGUGCCGGUCGUGCAUCCCCACGAUGUGGAGGCGGGGAGCCCGUCAUGGGGAUGGAACCACGCACCACCCGGCAUAACACAUAUCCGCUGGUUCAUCCUCCGCCAAUCGGCCCUCUCUUCACUCUCCAGCCCAUCUAGUACAAAGUAUACCGGCCCGGAGAUCGGUCCCAGAAACAGCCUCCGACUUCCGCACUGUUGAGCCUUCGUUUCUGGGGUUUCUCCAAAUGCAUGACGGAGCUCAAGCUUUGAGAAAGAUCCUUCACGGGAUGUUGGGAGCUAUAAAAGGUGCGGGAGAAGACCCCAGAAUCACUUGACAUUCUUCCAACUUCAGGAUUCCAAUCCAGCUCAGGGAAGGAAGAUAGUUGUCAUGAAGCCAUCCUGGAGCCUUGCUUCCCUUCUUGGGAGCGCUGCCAUUGCGUCCGCCGACGUCUAUCCUCCAUAUUAUGCCAAUCUUACCUGGCAGGCCCCGCGGACGCUCUCCAACUGGUCCAAUCUGACCGUGGAGACGCAGACGGGCACCUUCAUCGGCAUGCUGAACGAUACCUACCCCAACGUGCGCCAAUUCCUGCGCAUUCCGUAUGCUAAGCCUCCUGUCGGUGACCUUCGCUGGAUGCCUCCACAAAAACCUGAAAAGUCGCGCAGAAGAUAUGACUCGACCCGAUAUGGCCCAGCCUGUCCGCAAUAUGUGACCGGCGAAAGCACCAUGUGGAAUGAAUAUUCACCUCCCAACCUCUUGGUCAACCUAGGAGAGAACCUGAACCAAGGGGCAGUGGCGUGGUCCACGUCGGAAGACUGUCUGUCAUUGGCAGUCUGGACCCCGUCCUAUGCUAAUCGCACCUCGAAGUUGCCUGUGGCGUUGUUCGUGACCGGUGGAGGAGGCGUCACAGGCGGUAUUGAAAUCCCCUCUCAGCUGCCUUCGCCGUGGGUGUCUCGCUCGCAAGAACACAUUGUCGUGACUAUCAAUUACCGCGCGAACAUCUUUGGAAAUCCUAAGUCACGGGCCCUGAAUGACACAUCGCUCACGCUGCUCGACGUGAGGGCAGCGGCUGAAUGGGUGCACGAGAACAUCGAGGCUUUUGGUGGAGAUCGCGACAAUAUUAUGCUUUGGGGUCAGUCACAAGGAGCAGCCCUGACACAUCUCUACACCCUCGCCUUUCCCGAUGACCCGCUGGCAGUCAAAUUUGGUGUCAUCUCGCAGCCACCAUCCGUCACUAUCGACCUGAGUACCACCGACGACGUAUACCAGGACUUUGACAUUGUCGCCAAGGCCCUGGGCUGCAACUAUGGCGACGAUGCGGAGGCCGAGCUGGAGUGCAUGCGCCAGGUCUCCUGGGUGCAGAUUGAGGAGUACAUUAAUCGGUACUCGGGCUCACCUUCAAUUGCAUUCAGCAACUAUAUCCCCGAUGAAAAAUACAUCUUCUCCAACGAAUCCAAGCGAUACCUCGAAGGCAAGGUCGCCCGAGGCCCAGCCAUCCGCUCCGACGCAGCCCGCGAGGACGCAUCGGCGAAUACCACGAGCGUGAUGAUCAGCGAGGGAGAAUGGGAUUGCAGGGCUGCCCAGGACUCGGCUUUGCGAAAAUCUCUCGGGCUCGAGACAUACCGAUACUUCUGGGCUGGCAACUUCACCAAUAUUAGUCCCGUCGACUGGCUGGGUGCCUUCCACUGGUCUGAUCUGUUGAUGAUCUUUGGGACUUAUCGCGAAGACGUCGGAGAGGUCCCGGAGUUGGAGGUGAAAACGUCGGAGACCAUGCAGGAUCAUAUUUUGGCUUUCUUGAAGAAUCCUUCCACGGUCAAUGUGACGGUCGGAUGGCCGGCCUUUGAUGCGGAUAGUCCCGGGGGUGGGCAGAUUCUGGAGUUUGGCAAGGGUACGCCGGUGCGCAAGGUGACUGGGGACUGGUUGGAUGGGGGAUGCUACAAUUCUUCGAUUCCAUUCCGUAUUUGGACUUGAUAUGAAAGUUUGUGAGGAUAUUCAUUUUGGUUGAUAAUAUGUGCAAUGAAUGAUGAGGAUAUGCUAUCUGCAGUGAAGACCGGUACGGGGGUAGUUGCUUUACCCCCAAGUAAUGCGAAGAAUACCAAAGUACUGACAGUUGAGAAAUUCGUAAAAGCAUCAGAUUUCCGACUUCAAUACCGUGGCGACGCUUCCUUGGGAAUCUCCAGUAGAUCUCCUACCGGUCGGGCCUCCAUCCACGCAUCCAUCGCCUCGUACAAUUUGUAGAAUGCCUUAUUGUUCAUCGUCGGCAAAUCAUUCAAGAUCGGGUGGCCUAGCUUGGCCUGUGCCACCGCCAGAUACUGGUAACCCUUGGGGUAUUUCUCCAACUCCGCCCGGUCAAAUUUGGGCACCGUCUGACCAUCUGCAGGCGUGACGCGAUCCUUCUCGUAGAACAAUUUUAUGUAUACCACUUUCCAAUCUCCUCCCUGUUUCAGACAGAAAUUUAUGAAGCGGCAAUCGCACUCGACAUCGAACUCAACUCCGUCCCAGUUGAAGCGUUGAGUGAUGGUGGCCUUCAUCUUACCGAUGGCGCGGCUGGUGGUCGGAUUCAGAUCGACGAGGGUGCCGUUUUCGCGGUGCAUGAUG